CUUUGAUAAGUUGUGGACCCGACUCGUGGAACAAGAGCAACGACUUAUAUAUCUUCGCUCUCAGGAGUCGUCCUCGCAUGCUGCUUUUGUUGCUCAGCCCGUGGCUCCGGCAGCUCCUGGACAUGAACCACAAGGUGGCAAUCAAUAUAAUCGGGACGUGGGCGACGUGGUCCACAUGGCAGUGAAACCUGAGGCCGAGGAAGAGGCUACGGCCAGCAGCUCCAGCCGUUGUACGUUGGCCCCAGGUACGGACAGCAACCCGUCUACUAUCAGCCACGACCGGGACAGCAGUCCUAGGGACGUCCAGCCGUCUGCUCCUGCUCUUGCUGCAUCCAUGGGUGAUACGAAUGACGAUGUCUGGUUCCCAUACUCCG